UUUACUUCAAAGGAGCUCUAUAAGAUUUGCCCUUCUCCUCCUCCACCCUUCUCUCUCUCUCUUGAUGUUCUCAUGGCAACUAUAGAUCUAACAGCCGCCACCACCACCACCACCACCAACACCUCUCAAUUCCUCCACCGACAGUUCCAUCACCUCCACCCCUCGAUCCCCCACCCUACCAAAUCCAUUUCCGACGACACUAACGCUCUCUCCGGCAAUAAUCCUACCGCCGACAUCCUCCUCCGCCGGCCCCGUGGUCGCCCUCCGGGCUCCCGGAACAAACUCAAGCUUCCCUUGGUUGUAACUCGAGAAACUCCCAACACUCUUCAAUGCCACAUCCUCGAAAUCGCAAGCGGCUCUGACGUCUUCACCGUCCUUUCCGACUAUGCCCGCCGUCGCCAAUGUGGUGUCUGUAUUCUCACUGGCCACGGCACCGUCACCAACGUAAGUAUCCGGCAACCCGCUGCAGCCAGUAGCAUACUGAACCUCCAUGGUCAGUUUGAAUUGCUUUCCCUUUCCGGUUCCUUCCUCCCACCACCGGCGCCACCGGGUGCAACCAGUCUUGCCAUAUUUCUCACGGCGGGCGGUCAAGGACAGGUUGUCGGCGGGAGUGUCAUCGGAGCGCUGAUCGCCGUCGGGCCGGUCAUAGUUGUAGCUUCAUUGUUUGCAAAUGCUGCAUAUGAACGGCUGCCGGUGGACGAGGAGACAUAUCAGUCGACAGCAGCAGGUGACGGCAGCAGCAGGAAACUACUAAAUUUGCCGCUCAACUUUCCUAACGGUCAAUUGCCGCCAUUUUGA